CUUCUGUGAAUCAGAAUUUCGCGGAGUACCAGCCAUUUCCUACUGAUCAAGUUAGUUUUUUGAAGAUCAAGGAAUUAUUGAAAAGGCAUGGCAGCCUCAGGAGAGAUAGAUGAAACUAAUGAAGUAACAUCGAAUAUCCAACAAAAAGAAACCACCACAGAACUUACACAAGAAAUUGUGACAAAGCACCCACUUCAAAAUAGUUGGAGCUUAUGGUUCUACAGAUCUGAUAAAAGCAAAUCAUGGGCAGAAAACUUGAGAAAAGUCAUCACUUUCAAUACUGUUGAAGAUUUUUGGGGGGUCUAUAAUCAUGUGCUGUUAGCAAGUAAACUGCAGUCAGGUUGUGACUACUCUGUCUUUAAGGAAGGAAUAGAACCAAUGUGGGAAGAUGAAAGAAACAGACUUGGUGGCAGAUGGCUGAUAAAUGUAAACAAGGGUAACCGUAAUGCAGAACUAGAUAGACUAUGGUUAGAAUUGCUGCUGAUCCUUGUUGGAGAAGCAUUUGGUGAUGAUCAUGAUUCCGUUACUGGUGCUGUUGUGCAGAAAAGAAAUAAAGGAGACAAAAUUGGCCUAUGGACUUGCAAAUCAGACGAGCAAGAUUCUAUCUUAAGGAUAGGGAAAUUUGUGAAGGAAAGACUGUCUUUGACAGGUAAAAACUCCAUAGGAUACCAGUCUCAUCUAGAUACAGCUGGCAAAACUGGAUCCACAGCCAAAAAUAAAUUUACUUUAUAGUAGAACAUAGAGCUUAGAUGGAAUUUCAAAGCAUGAAAUUUUGAAAAUUGGAACACAACAGGAGGCAUUAUCUGUGACAUCCGUAAAAUUCUGAAGAGGGAAGGUAAAUUUCGAGUGAUUGGAACUUCGACUGGGGAAUUUUAUCUCUGGGUACUUGCCAAUUGUUGGAGAGUGACUGUCAAUAAAUCUUAUACGAAUUUUCUUAAAUGUGAACAUUAAGGACCUAUUGAGUAGAAAACAUUAUAUACACUGCUUGCCAUUGAUAAAACGUAAACCUAUUCAAGUAACAUUAUUAGACCCAUCUUUCCGUACGAAGAGAAGCAUAUAUGCAUAUCGCUUUCAUACAUAAGCCGAAGUGCACGCUGCAUGUAUUGCAAUAACCCAUGCCAAAGCUCGUUGAUACGGUGGAAUGUUUACUAAGAUUUUGUGUUAAUAUAUUAACCCAACAAUUUACCUAGCGCUUAAAACCCUAUACAACGUUGACGGUCUCAUUUUCAUGUUUUUCCUAAUAUUCCAACUUGUUUUUAGAAUUGAUUCCUAAAGGUGUAUUAAAAACAUAGUUAUUUGUUAAGGUUUUCAAACGUCUCCCCACCAGAAUCAUCGGCUGCGUCUUCUCUGUGUUUUGAAAUUGUUUGUGUUUAUAAAGUAGAUUUAAAGCUUCUACUUUUGUUCUAAAUCGACACUUGAAAUGGCGUAGAUUGCUGUUUAAACCCUGCCAUAUAUAAAGCGUUCUUAAUAUGCAACUGCAGAAAGUAAAGGGUUGAAUCAAAUGAAAAUUGAAAGAAAAUUAAACGAAAUAAUUUUUUAUUACCCUGCACAUUUUACUUUAUUUUAAAAUCUACAAGCUCGCACAAUGUUUGUGUUUGUUUCCCAGUGGUACGUAGAGAGCUAUCCUCCUAACUUUUGCCAAAGUGAGAUUUUGUUAAAUAAGAAAGGAUGUCUCUGUUCACCUAUAUGUUAUUAUUUGAUAAAGUAAUCUAUUGUAAUGACGGUUUUUAUAGAAACUAUAUUGCAGCUUUCUGGAGAGUCGGAAACUCUAAAACAAAGGGGCCUAAGACAGAGAGCAACGCAAGGUAAACGAUUCUUCCAGGGCUGGACUUGGCCAUUUCCCUUUCAGGCACAACGGAAACCUUUCUGCUGAAUUUAAAUCAAAUUUGCCACCCCCUGCUCCAUUUAGGUGUUGGCCUCAGAAGCAAAUCGUUACACCUUUUUAUUGCGUAUUAAUGAUUUAUUUUUAUUUGUUUAUCGAUUUAAAAUAGCAGCAAUUUCUCCUUAUUAGCAAAUUAUUGUUCUACUGUUACUGUGAUAUAACUGUCAAAUUUACAACAUUUUUAAUUAAUGGGUUGAAUCGUGAGACCUUCAUCGAGUUAAAGGAUAGUUUAAAGCAUAGUACCCUUAUCAAGAUAGCGGCGAUCGUUAUAAGGGAAGAGCCUUUUUUGCUUACUAACUUAUACUCUCCCGAUAUACAAGGUUGGUGUAUCAUGUCAAGUUGCUCUCCAUCGUCUUUACUUGUGUUUUAAACGUUUUUUAUUUUUAACCGUUGUGUAUUGCCAUUAGGUUCGCUGUUGUGUGUAGAUGUCGUAGUUUGAGAAGACUCAAGUAAACAGGUCGUCAUCGCAUUCACUAUCUAGUAGACUUGUCAAUAACUCGUUUUUCGUGAAAGAUGUUUUCUCUAUUGA